AGCUUUUUGUUCCGUUUGUGCUGAAGUUAGUUUCCGGUUGAGGUUUAAAAUGAGUCACCGUCUGAAAUUUGAUUUGUGAGAAUCCAAACACGUUUUCAGAUGUAGACCACAUCAGACCAGGUCCUGAUCAAAGAUUAGACUCUGAGAACUCAAAACGAGAAGGAAAUCAAUGUCCAGUGUCAGACAGUCAAUCAGCAGGAAACAAACAGGAGCUGUUAAAGUGUCAGAUCAGUUUUAUUCAGAAUAAAAACAAACCCUUAUGCAUCACUUAGAUGAGGAACAAAACAGACUCACACAUUUACAAAGUUUCCAGCAGGAAUAAAACACCUGAACAGGACUGUGAGGGGGGGGGGGUGUGACCAUGCUGAGUGUUGGGUGGUUGGCGAGGUCUGGGGUCCUGGAGCUCCGCCUCCUGCGGCUUCCAGCUCGAGGAGUCUGUUCUGCGGUGAUCCACAGGAAGUCACCUGCAUGUGUCACCUGGUGUACAGGUGCAUCUGUUGGAUCACCCUCAGCCUGCCACAGGUUACCUGUAAGGAUGAUGUCAGGUGUUGGCGGUGGUGAUGUGGCGAAUGAUGUAGCAAGUGUCGCUACAGGUGCGUCUGGCUGGUACGGCAGCCUGGCGGACUCAGCUCCGGUUCACCUGUGUGAGCACUUCCUGGUAAGCGUCCAGCAGUUGAGCGGGAUGCCGUGGUGGCUGAGUAUCGUAACGGUGACGUUGUCAGUCAGGACGCUCAUCACUCUGCCGCUUGCUGCUUACCAGCUGGUCAUCAUCUCCAAGGUGGAGGCGCUGCAGGUGGAGAUCUCUGAGCUGGCAAAGAGGCUUCGAUAUGAAGUUUCUGUCCGAGCGCAAGAGAGAGGCUGGACGGAAAAACAGAGCAGGUUCCAGUUCCAGAAGAACCUGCGGCGUAUCGUUUCUCAGCUCUAUGUCAGAGAAAACUGUCACCCCUUCAAAGCCAGUCUGCUGGUCUGGGUUCAGUUUCCUAUGUGGGUCAGUCUCUCUGUGGCACUCCGAAACCUGAGCCUGCAUCAGUCUGUGGUACAGUGUGAUUUGGCAGCAGGGGGAGCUCUGUGGUUCCCUGACCUUACAUCACCUGACUCCACCUGGAUUCUGCCGCUUGGUGUGGGACUCAUCAACCUGCUCAUCGUGGAGGUUUUUUCUCUGCAGAGACAGAAUCCGACACGUUUCCAGAAGCUGCUGCUGAACUGCAUCCGAGGAUUUUCAGUCUUAAUGGUUCCCAUCGCUGCGACUGUCCCCUCAUGCAUUUCUCUGUACUGGUUCAUCUCCAGUCUCAUCGGAUUCAGUCACAACCUCGUCCUUCGUUCUUCUGCGAUUCACAAAGUCCUCAAACUACAACGUCCUGGAUCAGAGACUCCGUAUAGAGACCUGCUGUCAGCCCUCGUCAACAAAUACUGCAAAUAAAUACACACAGUACUACAUAUAAAUACACAGUACUGCAAAUAAAGUGUGAAAAACACAUGUACACACACAAGUAUUUCACAAUUGUGAUCUGCUCUACAGCCUCACAUCAGAAUGGACCAAUGAGAAGAGACUGUUUUAUAUAGGAAGUGGUGUAAAGUUAAUAAAACUGUCUUACAGUGAAUCAA